AUGAUGGACAUCCUCCUCUCCCUUCCCAUCCUAUCCGUCUUCCUCGGGGGCAGCCUGACCUCAUGGUCCACCUCGCUCAACCUCCUCUUCUUCUACAUGACAUGGUCCACCCUCGUCCUGUCGCACAACCCCCUCUACUACGGCGGCGCAUCAGCUCUCCCACCUCGCAAUGCCCGCGCCCUAGGCACGGCUCUCCUUCUCGCGCUGCUCAACCUGGUCCUGGAGACGGCCCUCGAGGCGGGCGCCAGCCUCGGCUUCAUCUUCCUGUUUGGCCGAGUCCCCUUCAAGGCAACCACGACGCUCCCGCUCCCGUGGGCCAUCUUCAAGCAGCUGGGCUGGCUGUACGUCUCCCGCGAGGCCCUGACCUACUACAUCCACAAGACAGUCCUGCACUCGCAAACGCACGCCUGGACCCGCAGGGCGCCACUGAAGUCCUCCCGCGGCUGGGUCGCGAGGCAGCACUCGCGCUUCGCCCACUCGCGCUCCGCGGCGCCCUACAGCCUCGCCCUCGCGGCCGACCACCCCGCGCCCUUCCUGCUCCACCACUUCGCCCCCGUGUACCUGCCCGCGCUCGCCGUGCGACCGCACAUGCUGGUGUACUUCCUCUUCGUUGGGCUAGUAACUCUGGAGGAGACCCUUACCAUGUCAGGCUACACAGUCGUCCCUGGGAUCAUAAUGGGCGGCAUCACGAAGCGCAACGCGACGCACUACGGCGCUGGCCACCGCGGGCCCUCGAGCGGGAACUAUGGUGCCUGGGGCGUGUUGGACUGGGGUUGCGGGACGGGCCUGGGUGGGCGCGAUAUCGAGGAUGAUGUGCGUGAUGAGGCUGAGAAGCAUCAGGUCCGGGAGAGGGGCGAGAAGAAGGCGGGUGAUGCCGCCGCAUUCGUUCAGAACGGGAUCGAUGGCAUUAGGAAAGGGGGAAAGAAGGGCAAGAAAGGUGGCGGGAGUGAUUGA